UCCCAGCAAAAAAUAUUCUGUUAUGUACACAAGAUGAGCUUAUAAAGGGCUGUUAUGUAGCAUGGUACAGAUCAUUCUCGAAAAAGUAAUCACAUGACGAAGAUGAUGUAUCGGUUUUUGUUUUUGAUUUUUUUCGCGCAACGGGCUUUGGCAGGAUUCUUCGAAUUUUCAGAAGUUGAUGAUCCGUUGCAGUCAUUAUGGCAAAACGAGAAACUUGAGAAGAAACUCACAGAAUGUAGGGUAUUGACGAAAAGUGGAGUAAAAUAUGGAUCUUGUGUACCAUAUGGUACCUGUAUGCUUUCUGGAGGCGCAGCAAAUGGAUUUUGUGGGAUACUUCAAACUUGUUGUAUAUAUGAAAAUACUUGUGGUAAAGAAAGUGACACAAAAGUAGGAUACUUUGAAGCGAACGAAGUCACAGAUGGAGUAACAACGUGCAACUACGUCAUCAAGUUGAGAAAUCCCAAUAUCUGUCAAGUGAGGUUAGAUUUUGUUAAAUUCAACUUGGCCCCAGCCACAAUGACUCUCCCUCAAUAUGCCACAAGACAAAUAUACAAAUGUAACGAUGACAGAUUGAAAAUAGUCCCCAACUACUUCGGAAUCCCAGAGUUGUGUGGAAAUAACGAUAAACAACACGUUUACGUUCACGUGAAUCAAACCGACGGAGUGACCAAGGGGGUGCAGUUGCAAGUCACCUUGGCCGACAGAAAUUACAACCCUCAUCUGCCGACGGCUUCAUGGAAAAUCAAAAUCACCCAGUUGCAGUGCCCCGGCGAACAGAAAGGGUUCCACCUGCCUAAAUUGGAUGCCGACCAAGACGUUAUUCAGGACUUUCCUCAGCUAGCUCCUCUUGGCACCAUUCAGUACUUUACAGAAAAAACUGGGUACUUCAGAUCAUUUGGUUUUGAUGGGUCUAUACAAAAACAACAGAGUUACACUUAUGGACAGAAUUAUGCUAUUGGUUUCAAAAGAGAUAUUAACAUUUGUGGAAUACAGUUCACUCCAGAUUAUAUCAAUCUCCCAUUUGAUAACUAUGUUAGAAUUUACUCGGACAGAGAUUGCAAACAUUAUCUUUACGUGCCAGAACUGUAUUUUGAAGACCAGCUAACAACACUCAACAGCUUAGUGUCCAAAGUGUGUAUAAGAAGUGCUGCUCCAUUCAAAUCUUACGCUCCUGGACCUUUCUAUGUCAAUUUCAACUCUAUGAUGACGAAUUUCACAACUGAUACUGUUGACCAGAAGCAAGGAUUCAACAUAAAAUAUGAAUUAUUAACUAAAUGUACUUGAUCCAUAUAACAGGAUAAUUUUAAACCUCGAAUGUUUAAUACCUGCCCAUAAAUUAUUUAUUUAUCGUG